AUGAGCGGCAAACGCCUCAACAAGCGUCAGCUACGCGAGCAGCAAGAGCUCCAAGAACUCGCACAAGCUCAGGCAGCCGCACCCGCACCCGGAACCGCUCCAGACCAGCCCAACGACGCCGACCAUGGCCACCACAGCCCUCAACAGCAGCCCGACGACGACGACGACGACGACAUCAACGCAGCCCCUGCCGCAAAGCAAAAGAAGAGCAAAAAGGCAAACAAGCAACAGCCACCACCAGCCUCUAUCUUUGCCGCGCUAGGAGACCAGCAGGAUAACGACGACGACGAGGCCGACCCAGACGCUGCCCCUGCCGACGACGACAACGAUGACGAACCGGAAACCUCUCCCGCCAACCCUGCAACAACGGCCAAGAAGAAGAACAAGAAGAAAAAGAAGCCAAAGAAGGCACCCGCCGACGGCGACGACGAUGCCCACAGCUCCCCCGCCCCACCACCAUCCAAAAAGGCAUCGAAAAAGGCCAGCGGCACCGCAUCUGCAGCCCCGGCAAAGGACGUCGACGACAUGACCAUGGACGAGCUCAACGCCCUCCUCGAGUCCCAGGCCAAGCUCGCAGACCAGCAGCGCCGCGCCGACCAGGGCAAGCCCGGCAGCUCGGCCACCCUCCGACCCGUCAGCUUUGGCUCGGCCGCCAUCAAGGCGUUUGAGAGCGAGUCGGCCGCCGCCGGCGCUUCCGCCGGCGCCCGGGCGCGCGCCCAGGCCACCAAUUCGAACCUCAAGCUCCGCAGCCACCUCUCGCAGCCAAAGGACUACUGGCCCCCCAUCGGCCGCACUUUCACCGGCAUCAACAUGGACGUCCGCGACACGCGCAGCGGCCGCCUCUGCUCGUGGCAGCACGGCAAGGCCUACAAGCAGGUCCAGCUCCAGUUCCUCCAGGCCGUGCGCUCCCACGACCCCAACGCCCUCAUGGCGCUCCUGCGCGUCUACCCGUGGCACAUCGACACGCUCCUCCAGCUGUCCGACUACUCGCGCCACCAGGGCGACCUGGGCCAGGCGGCCGACUUCAACUCGCGCGCCCUCUUUGCCUUUGAGCGCACCGCCAGCCCCUACUUUACCUCGUGCCUCUCGUCGACCACCUCGGGCCCGCCCAUGGUCGACUUUCUCAAGAUCGAGAAUCGCGCCUUUUACCUGGCCGUCCACCGCAACCUCGGCUUCCUCGGCCGCCGCGGCACGUGGAGGACCGCCCUCGAGUGGGCCAAGAUCCUCCUCGGCCUCGGCCGCGACGGCGACGACCACCACGCCGCGCUGCUCUGGAUCGACUUCCUGGCCAUCAAGGCCAAGCAGGCGCGCUGGCUCGUCGAGCUGUGCGACAAGCUCGACCUGCAGCGCGGCCGGCAGCGCGGCGGCGGCGUCAAGCGCGUCGAGGAGAUCAGCGUGCGCGCCGAGACGUGCAUCGACGACGAAAAGGCCGACGCCGGCGAGGGCGACGGCUACGAGGGCACGCUCGACUGGUGCGUCGGGCUGCAGUACGCGCGCGCGCUGGCGUUCAAGGCCAUUGAGCGCGAGGAGAAGGACAAGAGCGGGCGGAGGAGCCGGGCGGCGCUGCGGCUGGCCAUGGCGCGGUACCCGAUGGCGGUGCCGCUGCUGGCCAACAAGGUGGGCAUCGACCUGCCGGGCAGCCUCGUCACCCACCCGCUGUUUGAGCUGCGGACGCGGUACGGCGAGGCUGGCGACGACAGCCUGCCGCACCUGCUCUCGCAGAUCUACGCGCUGCGCUCCGAGUCGCUGUGGAAGGAGCCGGGCUACCCCGAGUGGCUGCGCGACACGGCCGUCGAGCUGUUCCCCGUACUCAAGGCCGACUACGAAGCCACGGGCGCGGCCAAGAGGGCCAAGGCGGCCGUGGCGGACCUCAAGACGAGGCAGGGCAUCUACCGGCACGUGCUCGUGUCUGACCUGCCGGACAGUGUUAGGCAGCAGCUGGUGGGCCACCUGCCGACCGAGGUGACGCGCAACGGCGAGAUGAUGGACGCCUUCGACCCCAUUCCGCCCGUGUCCACGGAGCUCUACGGCACCGUCGAGGGCGAGGGCGAGGGCGAGGGGGACGAGGACAGGGCGACGAGGUACGACGACGAGUACUUUGCGCCCAUCAUGGGCAGCGGUGGUGGAUCUCGGGGUGGCAGUGGAGGCGGAAGUCGAGCGCAAGGGCAGCAGGAUGAGGCGGGGCUGAUACAGGCGUUUAUGAGGGCGAUGCAGGGCGUGGGUGGGCUGCGGGGCUGGGACGCGGCCAUGGAGGGCAUGGACGACGAGACGAGGGAGGACGUGAUGGCGCAGAUUCUCGAAAUGACGGCGCAAGCACGGCGGGAGCGUGGGGCGGGCGAGGAUGAACCGCCCGGUGGCUUUGGAUUUGAUCGGGACGGCCAAGACGACGACGAGGAAGGCGGCGGAGGGGAUGAGGCAAGGGGAGGAGGGGGAGCGUUUGCGGCGCUGAGGAAUGCGCUCAAUGCCGUCUGGGGGAUGGGCGGGACCGCUCACCAGCCCGCCGCCGCCGAGGAUGAGGACGAUGGCUUCGAGACGGAGGACGACGACGAGCAGUAG